AUGAUUAAAAUCAUUAAUCCUUUAGAUAGAAGAUAUUUUGCACUUCAAAAACAAAAUCAAUUAGUUAUGAAAUGUGAACCCUUAGCAAUUGUACUUUUUAAAGAAUUUAGAUCCAAUCGUUGUAAUUAUUGUCUAUAAGAAUCAUAAACUAAUCGUUGUUCUAAUUGCAAAUAAUAUUUUUAUUGUUCUAUCUCUUGCUAAAAAAGUGAUUGGAAAUAACAUAAAAAUGAAUGUCAGUUAUUGAAUAAAAUUGGUAGAGAAAUGCCAUGUAAUAUGUUAAUACUUAUCAGACUGUUUCAAAAUAAUGUUGAUAUAUUGAAUUUUUAUGGAGAUGUUGAUAAAGAUAUAGAUCAAAAUAUUUAUUAAUAAUUUUUUGAUUGUGCAGCUUAUAUUGUAAAAAUUGCUUCAUUAUAAAAUGAAAGUUUUGCAAAAUUGAUGUCAAUUCAAGUUAAAAUUCAUUUAAAUACAUUUACUGUAAGUGAUAUAAAUGGUGAUACUUUUGGAAUUGCAUUAUAUACCCCAGCCAACUUUUUAAAUCAUAGAUGCAUUAAAACAUCACCCAAAUAACAAAAUAUUGCCAAUUGUUCUCAUUUUUUUAAUAAUAGACAAUUAAUAAUAACUACUAAUAAUUCAUUUAUAUAAAAUGAAAAUGAUCCAUAAGAAUUAUGUAUUAGUUAUGGAAAUAUAAUUAAUUUUAAAGAAAGAUAAUAGUUUUUAAAAUCUUAAUAUGGAUUUAUAUGUGAAUGUGAUAGAUGUCUUUAAGAAUAAACAGAGAAUAAGGAUUAGGAAAAUUAAGAUUUAUUCAAUAAAAAGUAAUAAGAAUAUUUAACUCUUCUAAAUAAAUAGAAAUUUAAAAAAGCAUUUUCAAUAUUAGAAGAAAUUAUUAUUGAAAUGCCUAAAUAUUAUGAUAAUGAUAAUCAUCCAUAUAUAGGUUGGAAAAUGAAUGAAGCAUCAAAAUUGGGAUUUCAUUUAAAUUAUCUUAUAAAAGCUGAAAAUUACAGCAUUUAAGCAAUAAAGUUAUUGGAACCCUAUUAUAAUGAAAAUGAAUAAUUUAAAGAAUUGGUGGGAAGAUUAAAAGAUAUAAAAGCUGAAAUUAAGAUGCAAAAAUGA